GACGAUGGUGACCUGAAUGAAGAAAGAAGAACCCACCGGAUCUAGGGCUUCUCGUCUCUCUCUCUACAUUCCUUCGACGGAUUCAACACGCAGAUGAUUCUACCUCUCUGGAUUUUUCACCAUCUCUUCUCCAUCUCUCCCGAUAUUCAAAAGUAUUCCUGAAAGAAAAAUAGGGUUUCUCGAUGAUGAUUGGUUCAAUCUUAAGAGUAUGCAGCUGGCUUGAUUAAUUAUUGGGAUUUUAAAGGGUAAUUGGACAUUCACCGAAUCAAAAAGAAGAAGUUUUUGAUAGAUUGAAAAGAAGUGAGUUUACUGUAAAACUAUGAGGGCAUUGCACAAAUCGAAAAGGGUAUCAUGGCCACCAGAUUUUAAACUUUGCCAGGUACGGCUCUUCGUAUCUGACGAUUCACCUUCGCAAGUUGGAUCAGAAUCUCAAGAUCACCUCCAAGCAAAGUCACAUCCGAGCGAGGAUAAUCUGCCACCUGGUUUCGGUGGACCUCUUUCUGCAAAUGAGUCACAGAUUAAGUUAUCAGACAUCCCAGUAAUAAAGUGGAAAUGCUCUAUCCGGAUUAUGCUAGAUGAGGAAUGGAGAGUGGUUGCAGGGGAAGAAAGCAAAGAAGUGGAGGCGCAAAAUCAAAGGGAAUUGAGAGUUCUUGAAGCAUUCUAUCCUGGCGCAUCAGCUAUUCCUCCAAACCCUUCGGUUCCUGCUGAUGUUGACAACUCAGAUUAUGAUGACCAGCAAACCGUUGUCAUCCCCAUUCUACCUGUAGAAGAUGAUGACCUAGCAAUGGAUUCAGCAUCUGAUCUCCCAUCCCAAUCUGGCGUGGAUGUGGGAACAGAGCCAUCAAGAACCGAUGAGAACACAUCAGUUUCUUCAACCCUCCCCGCAGCGUCAGAAAUAAUGGCUGCACUAACUGCAAUAUCAAACAACAAAGAACUAGGCAGGGGCAUGAUCGACCAGGAUCUGCUUAUGAAAAUCUUGAGCAACCCUAAGUUGGUGGAGAAUCUUGUUGCAAAUAGUGGUGGCGCAGGUUCAGUCUCCUCCAACGGCAGUAGGCCCUACCUAUCUGAAGCAAAUGGAGUAGUAACCACAACACCUGCCAGCUCAAAUGGACAAUAUUACCCUCAGCCAACGGUAACUCAUACUCCUUCCAUCACCUAUCCUCCUCCAGCUCCUUCAGAUCAUCCCAACUAUGGAGCCCCACCAGCCAGAGAUGCUAGUUAUUACAAGAGCCUGAUUCAACAACAUGGCGGCGAAAGACAAGAGGCGCCACCGCCAGUUCAACAGCAUCUCGGUUAUCGUUAUAACCCUCAACCUGGAGGAGGACCUAACCCUGAGAUGGUAAAUAGCAAUAAUAAUAACAACCAGAGGCCAAGGGACUCAAAACCAAAGAUAAUGAAGCCUUGCAUGUACUUCAACAGCUCCCGGGGUUGUCGCAAUGGAGCCAACUGUUUAUACCAGCACGAUGCUGCAGCUUACCAGCCGAGGAAUCCAAACAAUGGUAAUGAGAUGCCAAGUGCAAAAAGAAUGAGAUUUGACAGGGACUGAAGCAGAAUUAGCAUACCACCACCAUGCUCUUCUCCUCUUGGUGUGAGAGAGCUUGUUGUUAGCAGCAGAGCAAUUUUAUCUUCUUCUCUCUUGCCUGGCUUUGCUGCUAUAUAAGUUUUAUUUACUUUUUGAAACUAUUUCUUGGUCUAUUCCACAAAUCAUAUAAUAUAAUUAGGGAAUUUUCUCUCUCUUUUUAAAGGAUGUUCAUCUAAAAAAAAGCACUUGAUAGUAGCAUCUAUUUUAAAUAAUUAUUUAAU